UCUACGUUUCUAUGCCGCCCGCGUGCGUGUUGCUGAGUCAGGCGCGACCACUCUCGCUCCAGUCUCUCUCUCUCUCUCUCUCUCUGUCCCUCCAGUUGUUCGACUUUGUUCCCACCGCCGACGUCAUUCAUAUGCUCCGGACGCCGAGGCGCGAGGCUGCUCUCUUCCCGCCGCGCAACCGCGUCCCCCACCGCCCGCCAUACAACUUGUUCGUCUCCCGGCGCGCCGCCUCGUCCAUGGGCGCCGCUGUUGACACGCUCCGCUGCACCGCCGGCACCGCCGUCCGGUGCGCCUCCGCGGUCGGUUCGGUUCGGGACGGCGUUCGGCUCCGCUCGCUCCCGCUUUUAUGAAUGAGUAACGAGACGUGGGCCGACAUGCGAGCGACCGCGAAAGUCCCCAGCUGCCGGGCUCCCGGGGGCCCCGCCGCCGAUGAGAGGCAUUAGCGGCGGAGCGGAGCCGCGGCUCGUUGCGGAAAAAGCCGAGUCCGACUGCAGACCCGGCGCGGACGCGCACCGUGAGAAGAACGGGCUCCAUAGCGUCAGCGCAGCGGAACAAGCACCGCGGCCGCCACAAUGUCCAUCCACAUCGUGGCUCUGGGCAGCGAAUGCCCCGGAGGCGUCGGGCCCGGGGAGGAGAUCAUGGGCCAGGGGCAGCUGCAGGGCGGGCUGCUGUGGAGCUACCUGGGCCACGGGGCGCUGGUGGGACCCUGCGACCUGGAGAGCAGCCUGCACAACCCGGCUUUCAUGGAGUACACGUCACGCGUGUUCGGAGACGUCACCGUGGUGGUUCGAGAUUGUCCCAGCUGGGACUUGUUGGACAGCGACUGGGCCAGCGUGCGGAAAGUUCUGGAGCAGGCCGACAUCCUGGUCAUUAAAUAUUCAGUCACGGACAAGCUGGCUUUCCAGCAGGUCCGAAACAGCUACGCCCCGCGCCUGCGCCCGCUCCUGCGGCACUGGGGCGUCCCUGUCAUCCUGGUGGCCGUGGGCGCGCGCCUCAACGACGAAGGCCCUCCCUGUACGUGUCCGCUGUGUGCGUCCGACUGGAGCAGCUGUGUGCCUCACGGCGAAGGUCUGCAGCUGUCCCGGGACCUGGGGGCCACCUACCUGGAGCUGCCCUCCCUCAACCACGUGUUCGUGGGCCGCUACUUCGGCAGCGUGCUGGAGUACUUCAUGAUCCAGUGUCUGAAACACAAAGCCAAAGAGAGGCCCGAGAAGAGACGUGGAAACAAAGUGAACGAGCUUCGCCCCCCUCACUUAGAACAACCAGCUCGUCUCCCCCCCAUCCGUGUAGAGGAAUCCAGCUUCUCACAGGACAUGCAGUGGCUGCUGGAGCGCGGCGUGCAGUUUGCCGAUGUGGCUUUCUACGCCGGGGAUUCUGGGAAAGAACUGGGGUGGGCACACGCUGCCGUGCUGUGCGCUGUCAGCCCGUAUUUCAGACAGCUGCUGCUCGGGCCUAAGUCCAGAGAACGCCCCCAGUCACGAUGUGCCUGCAGAGAGAGAGACGGGGGCCCCCACUCGCUGCUCUCCACCUGGGACGGGGGGAUCAUCGACGAUAUGCCGAGAUCAGAGGGUCACCUGACAGGACGUCUGUCUCGUCUGGUAGUGAAGGACCCCCUUCUCUGCAUGUGUCUGUGGGAGACGCUUAUGUUCAUUUACAGAGGCGCGUGGGAGUGGGAGCACCUCCAGGAGGCUCUGGAGGAGAAGCUGAAGAACUCGCUGGCCGUCGCUCAGCUCAUGGAUCGCGUACGAUCGCUCAUCGGCAGAGACAGGGGCCUCAGGGAUACCCCCAGUGCACGUGCAGCUCAGCUCGGUCCCCAGACUCUUGUCAACCUCUUCAAUUCUCCUCUUUACUCAGACGUCAUCUUCAUGGUGCAAGGGAGCGUAUUGCCGGCCCACCGAGCGGUCCUGGUGGCACGCUGCGACGUCAUGGCGGCCAUGUUCAGUGGAAAGUAUGCAGAGGCCCGAAGCCGAGUGGUGCCGAUCCAUGGAGUCUCCUCGGAUACUUUCCUGUCUUUCCUCGAGUACCUCUACACUGAUUCCUGCUGUCCUGCCAGCGUUCUGCAGGCCAUGGCCGUGCUCGUCUGCGCCGAGAUGUACCAGGUGAAGCGGCUGCAGCACCUGUGCGAGGUGUGCGUGUGCGCGUACCUUCAGAGCAUGCCCAGCAGGGAGCUGGCGUCCACGGGCAUCAGCGUGGUGCGACUGCUCCGCAGGGCAAAGUGUCACAAUGCAGAGCAGCUGUACAUCUGGCUCCUCCACUUUAUAGCCAACAACUACCUAAUCUUCAGUCACAAACCCGACUUCCUGGAACUCUCAGACGAGGAGCGCGAGCAGGUGGAGAGGCUACGCUGGCCGUCCAGGGGCUACCUGCAGGAGCUCAGCGAGUACCAGCAGAGGCGACGCAAGCUUCGCAAGUCCCGCUGUGUGGUCAUGUGACGCCCGUCUGAACUCCAGCGUCCUGCGAAAGACAGGGACGGACAGCGGGGGUGGGAGGUGGGGGGGGAAGGAGGGCGGACGGUGAGAUUCAGCUCGUGGAGAAGCGGAGAAAACUUUUAUUCUGCUGGAUGAUGAAGCUGACGCUGAGAGACAAGGUGCAAGAGAAAACAGCUGCGGGACUCGGUAACCGAGCGGACUGCGCCGCCAGGCAGCGAGGUACACGACUGUGACUCUCCACCCCUAGAGAAACACUGCAUUAGGACUGCUUCAUCACUGGCAAUACGACAUGACUGAGCCCCUCAAACCAAUAUGAACAGAAAAUGACUGGCCGUUCGUCAGAGGCUGUGGGGAAAAAAAACUUCGACCAAUGGAUGGAAAUGGUGGGUUUUGAGGAGAAAUAAGGACACAAACUGGUUGCACUGAGUAACGAUGGGUCUGUUGGAAACCAGGAUCACGUCAAACUCAUGCCGUGGUGACACCAGGUUGAGAGUAUGCUCUACUAUGGAUGCUGGACACAGGACUGCUCCAUCUUUAACAGAACCCACAGUGGCCAGAGAUGCAUUCGGGAGUCCGGUACAGACAUGCUGCAUCUCCUUAAGCCUCCUCAGUAGUUCAGCGAGUUCCUCAGCUGAGCGGUGACCUACUUUAGUGGAACGCGACCGGUAACACUACUGGUAGCGCAGCCUCUCUCAUCAUCAUCUGUAAUGUAACAAACUCAGUUCCGCACACAGGCAGGACCAACGGGUCUAAUAAUAUCUUUUCUUAUACUCUUUCAGACCUAUAACGCAUCAGUGAGCAGACUCUGUUACCACGUGAGGUGGAAUACAUUUUGGUCAUAGAUCGUCUCAAAUGAUGAUGUGGCUUGAAAAUAAAUUCUGAAAAGCUCAUCAAAAUCAAAGUGUUCUGUAAACUACAUCCAGUACAAUAACCAGUGUGUUUUUAAACCACAUUUAAAAACAGGUGAACUGAACCUUUCCUCAGUUUUGUUUGCAGGUUAAUAUGAAAUAAUGAUGAAACCAUUACUUCUGUAUUUGCAAUAACAAACAAUAAUGGUUCGUCUUUUCUUGUAGCAUUUACAUGUACAGAAGUGGAAAAAACAACGAGCAUAUCAUGAAAAUAAGUUGGUACACUAGAAACCAAAAUGCCUCUGGGUGGACAUGAUAUUUCUUUUAUUUUUUUAUUUUAGGAAUUAGUUUUGAAUCAUAAAGAGAUUAUGAUUUAUUGGUGCUGCACUUAUUUUUGUAAACCUUUCUGUAUGUGGACAUUAGAUCUUUUCUUUUUUUACAUUCAGAGUGGAGAUGACUGGACUGCGGUUUUACAGUCCAAUGUUUCACUGCUGUUCAUUUUAGAUUCCUGAUUAAAAAAAAAAAAAAACAGGCACAGGAAGAUUUAAAAAAUUACAUUUGUCUAAUAAUUCAUUGAGAGAAUGGGAAAAAAAAUCACUUGUGAUGUUUUAGCUGCAUUUUCUGUUUAGUGGGUUGGUACCCAUCAAUAAUAUUCAACCAGCAGAAUCUAAAUGUUUUUGUAUCUAGUUGCAGCAGGCGCAUCAAUAACAGGGAGCUGCCACUUGGAGAUUUUGACAGUGUACAGGUACAAAGUAACUACAGGUAAACGUAUAUUUCACCUGAUGCUGCAUUACAGCAAUUCAAUCAUUUUUAUUAUAUUUACCAGAGGGUAAAUAGCAGCUGAAACCCUGGACUGUGAAACUAAGUGGAGCCCAGUGCUGCAUCUACACCCAGUAUGUGGAGACAGAUGUGCGCCUCCACUGGGACCAGUGUUGUACAGCCUGUAAAUAACCUGAAGUCUGACUUUAAAUAAAGACCUUUUAGAAAUAACACA